CUUGCUUAUUUGCGCAUUCAAUCACGAAGAGCUCACAGAUACCAUGUCAUAUUCAGAGGAGAAACUGUUGCAGAAGCUUGACUCGCUUGCAGAGACACAGGAUUCCAUUGUCUCCACUUCCCAGUGGGUGCUGUUCUACUACAGAAAUGCCGAUCAAAUAGCGUCGAGAUGGGAGAAAUGUCUCAUGGAGAGCCCUCCUUCCAAGAUUCUUGCCCUUGUUUACCUUGCCAAUGACGUUGUGCAGCAGUCCAGAGCAAGAAAGAAGACUGAGUUCAUCGAUGCCUUCAGCACGGUGCUUCCAAACGCAUUGUCAUAUGCGUAUGGGAAAGUGCCAGAGUCUACGCAGAAGAGACUACAGAAGAUUGUGAGGGUGUUGAAUGAGCGUCGGGUAUUCCCACAGCCUCUGAAGGUCAAGGGCAUUGACGUGCCUGAAGCUGCUGCCAAAGGCGAUGGCGAGAGCGGCUCUGAAGGUGAUAAGCUGAAGGCACUCACCACGGUUGGCUCAAAGUUCCAGCGACUCUACCAUGAGCUGCUGCUGAGUGCCAACGGGUCCUUCACACAGACACAUCUGUCCGAAUUAGAGCAGAUCCAAGGCUCUUUGAAGGAGAAUAUAGCUAUAAUGCAAGAGAUCGAAGCCAAUGUAUCGAAGGAUAUCGAAAAGAUCCACCAGAGAUCCAAGAUUCAACUACAGAAGUCAGCUGAAAUAGUGAAGAAACAACAAGAAUUGCAGGAGUUGAGGAAAGCCGAGGAGCAGAAGAGACUCAAAGAAGAGGCUGAAAGGUUGGAACGUCUUAAAAGACAGGAGGAGGAGGACAAUCUUCUACCAACGUAUCAAGAUGAUUCCGAUUCUGAUUCCGAAGAGGAGAAGAAGGAGAGCUCAUCAAUUGCGGAAUCUGAUAAUGAAACCCCUGUUCAUAGUAGCAAGAGCUCCAGCACUGCUGGAAAUUCCAAUGAAUCGUCUACAAUUGACGGUGACAACACGGACCAGGAACGUCCAAAGAAGAAACUACGGUUCGCAGAUUAACAAUGGACAACUAUAUAGAGAUACUCAGCUACAAUUUUACGAGAACCAUGAU